UUAUUUUUGUAGACUUUUGAUGUGGCGUGUGUGAUCAGGAUUUGGGGUUUUAUACCGGAAGUGACGUCAUCUGUUGUGUCGCCGUUUCUGUCUCUGUAACUGUCUCGUCUUACCAACCGUUUCCUUGUUCCACCUCAAACUGCCGUUUUGCCGUUUGCUGGACUGCUGGAUGGACAUUUUUGUCACAGGAGCUCGACGUCGCUUUGCCGGAUUGUGUUAUCAGUGAAGGGAAAUGGCUGCUGCGGUGCUGCAGACGCGAAUAAGCGCCAUAUUGGACGUGUUAACGAAGGCAGCCGUGGCGGAGAUCAGCCAGCUCAUUCAGGACGACAGCGCCGUGUAUCACCGCGAGAUGAAACGGAGGGAGGACGAGAUCGAUGGACUGAAGAAGCGUCUCCAGGUCACCGAGAAAGAGCUGAAGAAAGUGCAGGCGACCGUGUUAUCCAAGUGUUCAGUCGGGGUUCAGGUGGAAAUGCUGGCUGCAGAUGUAAUCCCAGGCAGAAAAGAAGCGGUCCCCAUGAACCAGGUGGAAACAUUGAAAGAUGAGAAACCGAACCUACAUGACAAACCGCUCCCGUCUUCUCACCACCUCGCGAAAGAGUCCAGAAGUCUGCCAGAGGUCCGAGGGGAGAAGCUCCGGGAUCCGAGGCAUGAGGAAGAGGAGUUCAGCAGCCUGGAGUUUGAGAUGAAAAUUGAGCAAGUGGAAGAGCUGGUGGAUCAGGAGCUGAGCCUCGAGCGAGCAGAUUACAGCAUGGCAGACCCGAGCGUGAGUUCGGAGCACAAAACGGACCCGAGAGGCGCGCAUCUCUGGCCGUCCAUGGAAGACGACGCGGCGAAUGAGUUCUCCGUCCCUGACGGCUGUAUGGUGUUAGAGCAGUAUGAACAGAUUCCCACAGACCAAAGUCUGGCCCAGGUGAUGAAGGAGCCGCUCAACGUGCAUCUUCACAACGGGUCCAACAAACACGUCGAUUCGUUUGGUUCGCCGCACGUCCGCGAGAUGCAGUUUGAGAGCAACGUUCCGAAAAACUCUGAGUAUGGACAGAUUAGGGACGGUAUGGGUCACGUCAAAGCAUCGAGGCUAUUAAAUAGCAACAAGAACAGACACGUGUUCGGAGCAGUGCCGCGCUCACAUGGACAUUUACCCACCAGUUCUUUCUCAAUGCCCGACAUGGUUCCUGUGCGCCAAACCACUCAGACCAGCCAUGUCGGGUCGAAACCCUUUCGUUGUGAGGAAUGUGGUAAAGGAUUUACCCAGAGAAUGAGACUGAUCACUCACAAGCGCAUACACACGGGUGAGAAGCCUUACCACUGCCAGCUCUGUGGCAAGAUGUUUUCCAGGCAGGAUAACUGCCUCAGGCAUGUACGUCUACACAGCGUACAAGGGUGGUAACGAAUCUUCUUUUAUUGUUGGACUUGUCUUGUUUUUUCCCCCUUUGUUGUCAGAUUCCGAGCUUAGUUUUCAUGCGUUUUCAUUUUCAAAUCACAAAACAAAACCAAGAACAUUCAAAUGGAACGACUAAAGUCAGAUUUGCCGGAUGUAAGAGUUACGAGCUUUGGUAUAUUCUACAUGUAGAAGAACAUCUUGUACUAUGCAUUGUGCUAAAUAUCAUACAAUGUAAAGGAUUCACAAAGGCAUGUUGGACACCUUCAGGAGGUAUGCAGGGCUGCGUCCCAAACCACAUCAUGCAUACUUCAUAGGGCUUUGAUGUACUGAUAUACAUAUUUUUGUAUUUUAUAUAUAGCAGGGUUUUCUCUGAUUUUUUGCACACAGGGACUUGCAUAGACUUAAUAAUGCGCUUGAUAUUUAUUGGUGCUUUUUAUUCUCGAAUUCGUCGCCAUCACAACACGUAAGUUGACAUAUUAUUUAUUUGCUUGUUUUCUGGUUUAUUCACUUGUUGGUGGGUUUGAUUUCUGGCACCAAAAUCACAGAGCAUGUUUUACGCACCCCAUUUGAUAUAUUGUGUAUAGGAUUGGGACAAAUGUUAGAGUGGUCCAGAUUUUAUUUUUUUUCUUUCAGAAAUGACCGUUAAUACAACAAAAUACAGCUUAAGUAUAAUCAUUUUCUUGUGGGAGGAGGAGGAAACCAACAUUGUCAAUUCAGAUAAAAAGAAAACUGACUAGACCUGACAUUAAAUUUUAUUUAAAGCUAAGCUAUGAUGUCCAAAUAUGCUUUUCAUUCAUGCUGCUGCUUAAAAAAAAAAAAAAAAAAACACCACAAAAGCUUUUAUUUGAAAAUCAUGACUGAAUUAUUUUCUGUUCUUGACAAAAUGGUAUCAUUUUAUGUCCGAUCUUGGAAGUUGCUUUUUGGGAAAGGCCUCUGGGUCUCUGAUUGAAAGGCUCUUUUGCCUUGUAUAACUCAAAUGCAGUCCAAAAGGUUAAUCAGUGGCAUAUAAUUGUGCAAUUACAAUUCAAUAAAUAAAAUAAAUUGGCAUAAAGAA